AACAUUCAUUUCCUGUCUGUAUUCUGCCAACCAUUCCAUUAUUUUUCUUUCCCUUUUGGACUCUGUGCACAGUUCCUCGUCUUUAUCAGGACAGGUGUGCUAGAUCAGAACAACUAUGGAGGCUGAGGAGGAAGACUUUCCAAGAACAAUAAUAUUGGGCAACCCAGAAAAGAACAGCAAAAUCAAAGUACAGUGGGCAGAUGAUUCCUUCAGGGUUGGAUCAGGCUUUGGGGUACAAUCCAACACCAAACUUGUUUCACUUCUGGAUAAACAAAGAUCAUCAAUUGAGGAACCCCCUGUUAAACAGUUCUCUCUUGUUGACAAACAGAAUACAGAGGACAAAAACUCAAUUGAAAAUUCUACAAAGACACAUGAAUUAGCUACAAAUAAAUACUAUGAUGACAUGUUAAAUGUGAUACCAAAUCAAACUUCAAAAUCAGAAAAUUUAGAAAUGGAACAUCCAGCUCAAAAUGAGGAUGUGAAACCAGUAAUCCAAAGCAUUGAGUGUAGAAAUUUAAAUGAAAAUGACAAACAUCUGGAAAGUAAAGCAGAAGGUGAUGUAUGUAAUAGCCUGCAAAUUCACAGAACAUCAAAUCAAUCUGCAGAGAGAGAUGAUAGCACAGAAACUUAUUCUUCUGAUAAAAGUGAAAGCAAACUUACUGAAGGCAAAACCCAAUGUUGGGUUUCGAUUCUUCAGAAACCCAGUAGUACUGUUUUGCCAGGAAACUUAUCAACAUCUACAUCAAAUGCAACUUCCAAUCCAGAAGCCACUUUAAAUGAAAAAGGUGCUUCAUUUAUUAUGAAUAGUGAUACCAAAGUUCUGGAAAAGUUAGGCAAAACCAAAGCAUGGACAUCAAUUCUCAAGAAACCCACCAAUUCAUCUUUGGUAGCAAACUCACUGACAUCUACAUCAAAUGAUACAUGUAAUCCAGCUGCCACUGUAAAUAAAAAAGACCAAACAUUACCGGCAUUAAGCAUUGAUGAGAACCUUGCUUCACUAGUGAGUUUGACGGAUGAAUGUCACAAUAAACUUUUUCCUUUGCAGAAGAAACAAAUAGAAGCAUGCAUUCCAAAUACGCCAAAAGUUGAUUCCUCAGUGAAGUGCAUUGUUUCAAUGGCCUCUGCAACAGAGAAAAAACUGGCAGAAGAGAAGAAGGUGUAUUCUGUUUCUCUGUUGAAUCAGACUUCUUCAUUCAACAAAAGCCACUCUGCUUUCCAGGAAAAUUUUAAACAAGCGAAUGAUUCUGCAGAAAAACAAAGUAUUUCAAAGCACGGGGCAUCCCAUAAGACAUUAGUUUCUUUAUUAAAUGGGAAGACAUUUCCUAUGUCUGUUCCAUUGAAGAAUGUACAAGAAGGAUAUAGCAUAACUUCUGAAAUGCAUGUAAAAUCUCCAACAAAUGAUUUUUAUAGCCUUACAAAAAGAAAGUCUGAGCAGAUUGACACCUCUUUGGAUGAAGCAUUUGGGAAAGAAUGCAGUCCAUCUGAAGCUAUUAAAAGAAGGAAAACUGACAAACAACAUGCCUCAAAAUCUGAUGACGGAGAGUCUUUCGAUGUUUUCAUUGAUCCAAACUUUGACACUGCGCACGAAAAUGAAGAAACAAGUUAUAAUAAUGAGGUCAAAAAAGAAUUUCAUGAUUCAGAUUUCCAUACAUUUGAUUCUGACACUAGUAGACUAGAUACUGAGAAUAAUAGUGGGAGUGAGGCAACAACAAGCUUGUUUAUCAAGCAGGAAACCCUUGAUCCUGAAUAUGGUGAUGAACCAUUGGUUUCUACUGAAAAUGUCAACAAUCCAGUAUCUACCAUUUCAACAAUGAAUAUUCGAAUAAAAGAGGAGGCUUCUAGUGAGGAUGGACACUUGUUCAAUAAAAAUGGUUGUGAUGCUGAAGAUUCAGAAGACAGAAAUAUUUCCUUUGUUAAACAGGAAGUGUUUGACCCAGAAUAUGAAGACAUGCCCCCUGAUCUGUCAAUGAAUGCUCCCUCAAUGUCACAAGAAUCAACUGACUUUGAAAACGAAGACAUACCUCCUGUUUUAUCACCUAAAAAGGAAGCAGACGAUUCGGAAUUUGAAGAGUGGAAUGAAGAUUGUGAGGAUUCUCCACCAGUUUUACAGAAAGAAGACAAUCUUUCCAAAGAAGAUACUACACUGAAAAUUCCAAAAAGAAUCACCAAAAAUAAAUUACGCAAGCAAGUAAGGAGUCGUGAUAAAAAUUUGAUAAAUGACAAAUUUAUGUGUCCCAUAUGUAAGGCUGUAUUUGAGAAGAUAGAGGACUUUGAUGUUCAUAAAGCUUUACAUUCUGGGCAGCAGAUAUUGUCUGACAAACAGUGUCCGGAAAAAUUUGUCAUAAAGCCUUUGACUAUCAGGCAGGAUGGAAAUAGAAAAUUCAAAUGUGAAUAUUGUGGAAAGGCUUUUAAUCGCCCAUCGAAUCUGAAAGAGCACACUCGAAUCCACACUGGCAUGUACCCUCACAGAUGUCAGUUAUGUGACAAGGGGUUCCAUACUAGGUCUAGAUUUCUGGCUCACAUGGCGCGUCAUGAUGAGAUAAAAGAAACAAAAGAGGCACAGGACAUAGUUCUUAAAUAUACAAAGGAUGACCCAACCAAUGAAGAAAUGGAGAUUCAGGAAUUUUCAGAUAUGAAGUUAAGGAAAUAUGUGUGCAACAUUUGUAAUGAAAUCUUUGAUAAAGUAACACUGUACAGAAUCCAUCGCCUAAAACACAGAGGAGAAAUUCCACAUACUUGUAAUUCUUGUGGUAAAGCUUUCCCAUGCAAGUCUGACCUUGUACGACAUGAAGCCACACAUUCUGAUGAGAGACCCUACAAGUGUCAUAUCUGCUUCAAGUCCUUCAAAAGACGCAAUGCAUUGGUAGAUCACUUAACAAUCCACAAAAGAGAAGAGAGCAAUGAAUCUGGAGAAAAAGACUCUGUUGACAGCAUCAUGAAAACUUUGGAACCCUCCAUAGAAAGCAUCGUUCAGAGCUUGGAGCCAAAUUCAAGCUCACCAGGGAAAAGUGUCACAGAAACUGAAAAAGAAUUUGAAAAUUUCAAGGAAAUGGAAAGACCCAUUUACACAGAUGAUGGACAAAAAAUAAUCAACAGUAAAUUCUACUGCAAGGAGUGCAAGAUUUCAUUCAGUGCCAGACGAGAAUAUUCCAUGCACAGGUUUCAGCAUAAUGGUGGACAUCCUCAUGUAUGUGAGGUCUGCAACAAAGUUUAUCCAUAUAAAUCCGAUUACGAUCGCCAUGUGGCAACUCAUUUGGGGAGGAAACCUUACGUUUGUCACUUGUGCAGCUGUGAAUUCUCCAGGAAACACUACCUCCAAAAACAUCUUCUGAAGCACAAAAACACUCGCAUCAGUCUGGGUGGGAUGUCCAAGCCUGGCAAUGACUUUCAGAUAGAAAUUGAUAAUCCAGAAAAAUCUGCUAGUGAAGUAAGUGAUUGUGAGGAUAAUGGUGAUGUUGAUCUAAGAACCACUGCAGGAAAACUGGAGACAAGUUAUGAUGAAGAUGGUGCUAUGUUCUUGUUUGUAACUGAUGAUUAAUUCCAUUUACUGGUUACUGAUAAAUUAUUCAAUUAUUUAUCUGGAUAUUUUUUUAUUGUGCCUCUUUGAAAUGUCUUUUCAUAAUAUUUGAGGCAUAAACUUUUUU